AACACCCUACGUCACCGGACUCCUUCAGUCUAGUUAGUCAGGAAGUAACAUGGUUGAUCAUGCCGCUAAGCGUUGAUUUUCUCAACCGAUUUGUUUUGGACAAAAUUGUAGAUGUGAUAGAUGAACUGGAGAAAGACCAUCAUUACGGCUCAUCGGUCAAAAACAUCUCAUCGCACUUCAUCUUGAAAUAUGAAACACGACUGGACGAGUUCUGCCUAGGCGAUAUCGAGGCAUCGGUCAUUAGGGCACUGCAUAUCAAGAUUGUUCAGAACAGUCUCCGUCUGAAUGAGUACGGACGUUUCGAGAGAAACAACAUUGAGAUCUGAGGUCUACCACACUGACCCAGCCAAACUGAGUGACCCACAGCCUAGCAAGUUCAAGGUCAGAUGUAUGGUUCGCAAUGAUGACCCCAUGGAUGUCAGUUCUGCUGGCUUCUGUCCUACAAGUGACUUGGCUAAAGUUCAACAGAUUGUCUGCACUGCUAUCGCUGAGGCCUGGGCUACACUCUACCAGUUUUUAUCUCCUAUUUGCCAAGAUUUCAUCCAGUGGCAGGUGAGCACUUGGACACUCCUAAAAAAUUUGGCUAGCGUCUAAGAGGAAAUUGUUUGGGACUCUUCUGUCUCUGUUGUGUGUUAACAAUUGCUUGCAGAAACCUUCGUUAAGAGAGAAAUCUAGUUUGAUGAGUGGUGUCCAUCUAGUUUGAUGAGUGGUGUCCAUCUAGUUUCACGGGCAGCUCUGUAGAGAAAGAAGAAAUGAAUAGUGACUGAUGUCCAAGUUGAGGUCAUGUUUUAAAGAAGGGUUGAUUAGCCACUGAUGCUGUUAAAUACUUGAGUACAGACCAUGAGCAAGCUCAAAUGAUUGAUAUUUGUAUUUUGCCACUUAAAAGAAAUAUAAAUUGAAAAUAUACGAAUGCGAAAUUUCAUGUAAAUGUUUACAAAUUCUUAAACAAUGAAUAAAAAAGUUAAGCGGAAUAAUU